GAAAGGAGAGAAGAAUUGUACCUGCGAUGAGGGUCACUGCACAGACACGGUCGCAGCGGACACGCGGCGGAUUCUUCUAGAAACGUGACCGUUCUAGAUCCUUCACCACUCUCCCCUUCCACGUGACACCGCGUGAUCUCAGGAACUCUCGGGGCUGUAUCCAGAUUGAACUACGCUAGAGGGGACAUCCAUUCUGGGUUUUUUUUUUACUUUGCGAAUUUUCCUUUUAUAUCUUAAAGUUGCUUCCACGCUCUCAUGGAAUUGAGUUGUACAGUUAUUUUAUGUUUAGUCCUCAGACAAACCCCAUAUUAUAACGACAGCCGGCCUAAUACCCUCCUCGCUUUCGCGCUGAAAAAGCGUCACUGUGUGUUGCUCGUUUCAUGCUUUGCGGAAGCAAGAUCAGUUAACCGGACCCGGUGUGCUGCUGACCCGGGCUCGCCCGCGAGCUGGUGGGCUCGCGCACCUCUCACCCGGGACGAGCCCUUUUUGCUCUGACAACAGUGAUCAACUGCACAUUUCGAACCUAAAGUUGGAUUUCUGAACCAGUUCUUUCCCUGUGCAUGCCAAGACACUCUCUCGUCUGCUGAAGAAUGUCCAUAACCACUCAUAAUUCUUAUAUGCUCCGUUAGCAAAAGCACAGAAGUUUUACCAGUUUUUCUCUGGCACACGUGAAGGUUCACCAUCAAUCAUUAACUGGUUUGGCAAGUGUAGAUAAUCAAGUUAUACUGCCUGUCUCUGAGCUGGAACAAGUCCUUUGACUAAGCAGGCCCCUGUUUUGAAAGUCAAUAGGACGUGAAACAUUGUUUCAGCUGCAAGGUCGGAGCUCUUUGGUCAAAAGGUGCUGACCCUCCUCAGCUGUGUCCGUUACGGCAGGAAGUCCUAGAUCGCAGCGGGAAUGCCGGCGGGUGUCUCUGGGAAUCCAGGUUGUUUGGGAUUCCAGUGGUCCUUUUGGUUUCGUGCCGAUUUGGUAUGUUGGUGUUUUGCAACCGCGAUGACCGACGUGCUUUAGCCAGGCGCUCAGAGUCUGGUGGACCCUCUCUCCAAAUGGAAAAGGGGCCACGCUACACUGCUCCGAUAUUUGCCUCCGUAUUUCAACCCUCCGAACCCACAGUCUGACGAGAUGAAGGCCUGAUUUCAUUCAGCUAACUGCUAAUUAAUUUUUCCUCUAAUUUGCCCAGAUUUCAUUAUUGAUGCGGCGUUUGUCAGCGGGUGGAUAUUAUAGAGAAGGGCUCAGCAGGGAGCGCUCUUAGGCAACGCUGGAAAAGCGUCUCUCGGUGUUCGUCUCCGUACAUGCAAACAGACGUGUUUUAGGACCACUUCCACGCUGCUUGUCAGCAGAUGCGUCUAGUCUGUGUGACGAGGUGGGAUCCCGUUGGAAUUUCGGAAUGCGAGCAGGAAUAACCGGAGUCUCUCUGCCUGCUACGGUACGGUGAGCGGGACUUGGCCGGGGCCAUGUGUGCCUCGCUCAAACCAACACGUCCACCCACCCAGCCUUCCUGUGCUACUGAGCCCCUGGGGCGAUGCUGUCCACGAUGUGAAGAUGCGCACGGAGACGUUUACCCGGACACGAACUGGAAGAAUACUUGGGAGAUGUCCAGAUGAAAAGAAAGAGGGAUGAAGAAAUGAUAUUCAUCAUUCAUCAGUGAAGGGGAAGGAACGAUCGGCAGAUAAACACAUAGAGGCGUUUUCUCUCUCCUUCUGUCUCUCUCUCUGGAUUUCUCUCAACCCCAAAGCGCAGCCCCUAGCUGAGCCGUGGAGCUUCUAAUAAUUCCCCGUGGCCCUCCUGCUCUCUGCACCCGCCCGCAUGCAGCUGUCACUCAGACGCCUCUCAGAGGGCAGGCACCUACACGCUACGCUGACUCCAUUUUUCAGGGCAGUUGUUGACUAUGGCCAGUGCAGAGUGGGUGUGCUGCACAAAGCCAUGAGGAGAGGCCGUGUGUGUGUGUGUGCGCGUGUGUGUGGCAGCGCGUAAGCAUGUGGCGGGAGCAGAGUGGCGUGGGGGAGUUGUUAAAAACGUGCGCAGCUGCGCCCCCUUGUGUUGAUCCCUGUGUUGCGGGACAAUGAGGCAGGGCCAUUGGCAGUCCUGUCACAUCUCUCAGGACACUUCUGAAUGCAGGGGCAUUGGGUCGGCUGAAUAGGGAACUCUGUUAAAGGACGAAACUGGGAGGUGUCCGGGGCGGCCUAUUGAAGCCUAAAGACCUUGAAGCUUCACUGUUUGGAUGGAUAGCCCCCCCUCAGUCCAGUCAGCAAUGGGGGUGGAGUUUCUGCACCUUAAUCAGACACAAGGCAAAUGGAUAUGCAAAUGAGAGUCUGCCCUCCAGUUGAGUGGUAUAGUGUUUUUUUUUUGUUUUUUUUUUGUUUUGUUUUUUUUUAAACACAAAUUAGAAUGCUAGGAAUUCAGUCCUAAAUCCAGCGUUGUAUUGAACAUCGUCAUGAGAUGGAUGUCUAGUCGUGGAGAGUCGAGGCUGCCGGCCGCUGCGCUGUGAAAUCCAUUCUGACGCUGAGCUUUACUUGCACUGUACUCUUCCUUUGACUGAUGAGGAAGAGGAGGAAGAGUUUUAAGGACAGCAUUUUAGCUUAAUAUUCCCACAGAAUUGAAUUGCUUACCGAGCCCGCUUGGCAAAUUGUCCAAGAGUGGACACGCCUUUACAGGUAGCGGGUACCCAGAAGCACUGGCGAUGUCCUGUGGUCCCCUCGUGUGUAUCAUAAUUAGUUGUCACACCUGAUAUUUGUCGUGUGUGACAGGAACAAUAGCCUUAUCAGUGGAAGCAGACUGCGAUAACACAUAAUUCCCAUCUGUCCUGCUCUCUGUACCCAACACAUUUGCAUUUCUUUAAUACACGCUAAAUGGAAUUUUUUAACACAUCAUCUUUCUGUCUUGCUAAUGUAUAAAUAAUUUCUGACUAUUUUAUUCUUGCAUUACAAAUUCAUGACAUCAUUUAUUCUACACCGCCACAGGCCAAGUGCUUAAUGUGGCCAAAAUGUUUGGAGCUGAAAAAGUUGGAGAAUUCGAUUGGAAAGCACUUUUAUUUAUUCCUCAGGGGCCACGUGAUUGUAGGGCAGACUGAGAGUGAUGCACAUCACGCAUUACUGCGCGGCGACCGAAUGGGGCCCAGACGACGACACCAGGAGGUCCUGUCAAAGCAAAGGGAAGACCGAGGCGGAGUGUCAGAACUACAUCCGAGUGUUGCUCGUCAACAAGACGGAGGUCAUGACCUGCGGCACCAACGCCUUCCAGCCGCUUUGCAUUACCAGAGAGGUGGGGAAUUUGAGCAACAUCCUGGAGCGGGUGAACGGGGCGGCGCGCUGCCCCUACGACCCCCGUCACAACUCCACGGCCGUGGUGACGGAGAGUGGCGAGCUGUACGCCGCCACGGUCAUCGACUUCUCCGGCCGUGACCCUGUGAUUUACCGCAGCCUGGGAGGAAUGCCCCCACUGAGGACCGCGCAGUACAACUCCAAGUGGCUCAACGAGCCUCAGUUCAUCUCGGCGUACGACGUCGGCCUGUUCACGUUCUUCUUCCUGCGGGAGAACGCCGUGGAGCACGACUGCGGGAAGACGGUGUACUCGCGCGUGGCCCGCGUCUGCAAGAACGACAUCGGCGGCCGCUUCCUGCUGGAGGACACAUGGACCACGUUCACCAAGGCACGGCUGAACUGCUCCCGCUCGGGCGAGAUCCCCUUCUACUACAACGAGCUGCAGAGCACCUUCUACCUGCCUGAGCAGGACCUGAUCUACGGCAUCUUCACCACCAACGUGAACAGUAUCGCGGCCUCUGCGGUUUGCGCGUACAACCUCAGUGCCAUCAUGCGGGCGUUCAGCGGACCCUUCCGCUCCCAGGAGAACCCACGUUCCACCUGGCUGCCCACAGCCAACCCCAUUCCCAAUUUCCAGUGUGGCACCAUCGAGGACGAAGGGCCCAAUGAGGGACUGACCGAGCGAAGCCUGCAAGACGCCCAGCGUCUGUACCUCAUGAACGACGUGGUACAGCCCGUCUCCGUCGACCCGCUGGUGUGGCAGGACAGCGUGCGCUUUUCUAAGCUGGUGGUGGACAUUGUCCAGGGUCUGGACACUUUGCAUCAUGUCAUGUACAUCGGUACAGAAUAUGGGAGCAUUCUGAAAGCUUUGGCAACCACCUAUAAGAGUUUGCAAGGCUGCUAUUUGGAGGAGAUGCAGCUCCACCCCCCUGGGGUGCGUGAGCCAAUCCUGAGCCUUCAGAUUCUCCAUGGCGACAGGACCCUUUUUGUGGGACUGAACAACCGAGUGCUAAAAAUUCCUUUGGCGAGAUGCUCGAGCUACGAAACGGAACAGAAGUGUUUGGAUGCCAGGGACCCGUACUGUGGCUGGGACCGGAAACAACGUCGCUGCACCACGAUCGAGGACAGUUCCAACAUGAGCCAGUGGUUCCAGAACAUCACAGCCUGCCCACUACGGAACCAAACCACGAAUGGCGUCUACGGGCCCUGGACGCCGUGGCAACCAUGCAGCCAUGACGACGGCGAUGGCACCAGUGCCUGCCUGUGCCGAUCAAGGGUGUGUGACAGCCCCGCGCCCCGCUGCGGGGGCAAAACCUGCGAGGGUCCCACCAUGGAGGUGGCCAACUGCUCGAGGAACGGCGGCUGGACCCCGUGGUCGUCGUGGGGACACUGUAGCACCAGCUGCGAGAUGGGCUUCGAGGUGCGCCAGCGGUCCUGCAACAACCCCUCGCCCCGACACGGCGGGCGCGUGUGCGUGGGUCAGGCCCGGGAGCAGAGGUUCUGUAAUGAGAAGGUGUCGUGUCCACAGCCUGUGUUCUGGUCGUCAUGGUCACCCUGGUCCAAGUGCAGCACUCAGUGUGGUGGGGGGGUGCACUCUCGCUCCAGGAACUGUGAGAAUGGAAACAACUGCCCAGGCUGCACACUGGAAUACCAGACCUGCAACCUGGAGGCGUGUCCUGAGGUGAGGCGGAGCACGCCGUGGACACCAUGGGUGCCGGUGAACGUGAGCGAGGGCGGCGCCAGGCAGGAGCAGCGUGUGCGCUACGUGUGCCGGGCGCAGCUGGCCGACCCCCAUGACCUGCAGAUCGGCAAGCGCAAGGUGGAGACGCGCGUGUGCCCCAGCGACGGCACCGUGGCUUGCGAGACUGACUCUCUGGUAGACGAACUCCUCCGCAUCCCCGGUGUCCGGCUCACGGGUUCCGGCUGGUCGUCGUGGGAGACGUGGUCUGCGUGCAGUCAGGAGUGUGCCAAAGGUUACCGCGUGCGCAAACGCACCUGCAGUGAUGGCAAGACCUCCACACCUGUCUGCAGAGGAUCAGCUGUUGAGUACCAGGACUGCAAUCCCCAGUCCUGCCCAGUGAAGGGCGCCUGGUCUUGCUGGUCGCCAUGGUCGCAGUGUUCGGCGCCCUGUGGCGGCGGGCACUACCAGCGGACGCGUACGUGCAGCAGCCCGGCGCCGGCCCACGGAGGCGACAUCUGCAUCGGCCUGCAUACAGAGGAGGCGCUGUGCAACACGCACACCUGCCAGGGAGGCUGGAUGGCGUGGAGCGUGUGGUCAGCGUGCGACGACACGGGGCUUCAGGUGCGCACGCGAGCGUGUGGGUCGCACGGAACGCUGUGCACGGGUAACAGCACGGAGUACAGAGACUGCAACGAGAUUCCAGUGAUCCUGCCAGCGUCUGGAUAUGACAGGGACCAGCAGUGUGGGGGGUUCACUCUGCUCCACCUGAUAGCCACCGGCGUGUCGUGUUUCCUGGGCGCGGGGCUGUUGUCGUUCCUGGUGUACGUGUACUGCCAGCGCUUCCACAAGGCCUCGCAGGAAUCGGACGUCAUCCACCCAACCACACCCAACCACCUCAACUACAAGGGCAAUGCUACGCCCAAGAACGAGAAGUACACUCCCAUGGAGUUCAAGACGCUGAACAAGAACAACCUUCUUCCUGAUGAGAGGACCAACUUCUUCCCAUCGCCGCUCCAGCAGACGAACGUCUACACCACCACAUACUACCCCACGGCGCUGGGCAAAUACGACUACUGCCCAGACUCCUCCCCCUCCCCCUGUAGGACCUACAACCACAGCUGAGACGUUAGCCCCGCCCCUCAGCUCUAUCUCCAUGGUGACAGGGGAGUGAUGACACUCCGCGCCUCUUUUCUCAAACUCUCGCCACGUGCACCUGCCGAGCUCUAGGGGCUAAACGAUUGGGAGUGCUCUUCUGGAACGUUCCGUUGACUCCUUGCAAUCUCCCUAUCCCACACCCCUCGGAGGAUAUGAGCGUGUCAGCUGAUUCAUUGCUAGCAGGGUCUGACAGAAAAAGAGACCAAGUACAGUGUUUGAAAUGGUACUCUCUGCCAUGGAAUGCAUAAGCUCAUGGAGCUACACUGAUAUCGACGAUGCUAUUCACCAUCUAUCGCCGUGGGACUCUUAACCAAGGAGCUUUUCAUGCCAGUGCUGUUCAAAUGAACCUGUAGGCCUCUCUCUUCUAUCUGACACCACACACGCCAAUCCAGUAGAAACACGCAUAAAAGAAACGACACUGGCAAACGGUUCCUUGUCAUAGCGCCCAGAAAGGGAAGCGUAGUGAAGCCCAGAUUAAGAUGAGCCUGCUCUACGCGUGCGCGACGUAACGAACCUCCUCUCGCAGGUCGCGGUCGGGCGGCGCGGCCUUUGGGAGACGAGCCGCGGUUCCCAGUCACUGAAAUGCGCAGAUCUGGGAUGGAACGAUACUGGCAAACGCCGGGCCUGCUUGGUGAGACGCUGAUCAGACAGUGCUUGCCCAGUGCAGAGCAUGCUGAACAAAUGCAAACCCUGUCUGGCAGCGCUCGGACGAAUAGGAAUGCCACCGGUGCCUGGACGCUUUGGAGCUACAACACCCCUCCUCCCCAAACCCCCUUCGAUUUCAGCUCUCCCGUGGAACACAUACAGAUCUCACCUCAAAACGUUCUACUGAAUACUGAUUGCCUUGGUGGUUGUAUCAGAUACAACAAGGUUGGACUAUAUUUUAAUAAGAAACAUUGUAGAAAAUGCUGAUAGCUCAGCCCUUGUUUUUCAAAAGUUAUUUUAAAGAGAACGAUUUGUUUUGAAAUGACGUAGGGUUGACGGGUACUAGGCUUUAUUUAAGGUAUUCACGCGUCGUGGUGAUUUUCCUCACAUUUAGACACGUUUGUUAUUAACCAUCACUUUCAAAAUACGAGGCACAUUAUACAUCAUUAAUUGUACUAUCAAGUAUUCAUAUUUUGUCCUUCAGGCUUUUACAGCAAACCUGUUCCCACCCGAAUCUGUGUGUGUCUGUUUUAUAAAAUAAGAAGGAAUAGGGUUGUGUUUUUUACAAUGUGAUAAAAAUAAGUCAUAAAAAGGGAAUGAACUUUUUUUUUUUUUUUUUUUUUUUUUUUGCUGUUUUUAAUGUAACCUCAUCAGCCUCGGAUCCGAUACCCGACGCACUGCACAGACCUCCGUAUUCCAUGCACAAACGUCAUUAAAAAGUGAAAAGGACAUGGAUAUCGUCACUGGGCUGAGAUAUUAUUUAUAGUGAACUUGGUUUGUAAGGAGCACUGGGAGAGCUCAGCUAUUUUUAUUACGCUUGUCAAAGCGUAUGCUGGCAGUGGUUCGUUUUAGUUCAACUAAGCAUGAGUACUUGUACAUAGCUAAUGCCCCACUACCAUACGUAGAGGUUAGUGUAAUGUCCAUGUGUAUGGGAAAGCUAACACUGUUUUUUCGAAAGCCUUAUAGUUGUAAAAUACGUUGUUCAGAAGCCGUGUGCGUACCAACUCCAGGGCCGGUGUAAGGAUGGGGAUCAGCAGUGGGUUCAGCGCCGCCCCAGUGUGGAGCCUCUCCAGCACUGGGCUGCAAAACAGAAACCAGCUCUCUUAAAUGCCCCGAUCUAUAGCCUCUUUUGCUCCUCUCACGGCAACAUGCCGGAUUCGUUGGGUUGCUUAAUUCGAUAUAUCGUACCGAUACUUUUUUUCCCCCCCCCAACGUUUGCAUCAACGGUGGUGCAUAUGUACCCUUUAACACGCCGUGUUUCUGUCCCAGAGGCGUUUCAAACACAAUUAUUCAGCUAUUUGGAGGGCAUCACGUUACGAAGUGCCUGCAUGUGUUAAAACAACAGCCAAACUACUGUAAAGCCAUGUAAUACAAAACAAAAUAUUAAAAAACAAAACAUAAACAAACAGCAGUGGUAUUUUUGCAGCUACACAACCAGGCCUGGAAUCCUCUGUGAUUUCUCCAGAGCACGUCCCCUAUUGGCCAGGCAAGGAGUCAGCGGACAUGCCCACGAGGCCACAUCCCCACGAGGCUCGGCGUCCUUCUAUGCAACUGACCUGUUGGUACUGUUAGAUAUGUGAUGUAGACUGUAAUCACUGCCUUUUAGACACUGUGAAUUUUUUGGUACUCUAUAUUUUUGUAUAUUGUACAUUGUAAAAUAUAUUAAACCCUGAUGCCAACUCA